UGUGCUGUGAGGGUGCUCCAUGCAGGCAUGGCAGGCCCAGACUAGUAUGGGCCUAGUUGGGACUGUCCUAGCCCAGGUUGGACGUUGUCUUCCCACCGUAACGUACAUGUACUGGUACGGUCAGGCUUUGCGAUCCGAAAAUGUGUCAUCAACGUUUCUGCAAAAGGCAGAUUUAAUUGUCGGAAGCCGAAAAGAGGUCUAGAGGUACAGAGUUAAUGAAAUGAAACCCGAUGAAAUCCACAAAAGAACUUGCAAGGCAGCUGGGCCUACUGAGACGACAUUCAACCUCAUUAAACCAACAAUCUCGAGAUGUUAGGAGAGUCGGAAAAACGAACCAGAUUUUCUCUUACUUGAUUGUUAUUGAUUUUGAGUCAACUUGCUGGAAGGACAAGAGAAAUGUUGGCCAGGAAGUCAUUGAGUUCCCUGCUGUUCUACUUAAUACUUCUACUGGCUCCAUUGAGUCUGAGUUCCACACCUAUGUGCUCCCUGAAGAGAACCCACAGCUCAGUGCAUUCUGUACUGAGCUGACUGGAAUUACUCAGGAUCAAGUUGAGUCAGGAGUCCCACUAAGGGUGUGCCUCAGCAAGUUCUCUCGGUGGCUGACAAAGCAAGAAAGUGAGAAGAACAUUGCUUAUAACACAGGAGACGAUGGCAAGAAACUUUGCACAUUCGUCACCUGGUCAGAUUGGGAUUUGAGUGUUUGUCUUCAUUAUGAAUGUCGUCGCAAACAGCUCCUCAAGCCCCCAGCUCUUAAUAGCUGGAUUGAUCUCCGGGCAACCUACAAGAAUUUCUACAAGCGCAAACCUAAUGGAUUGCACGGUGCCCUACAGGACGUUGGCAUAGAGUUCCAUGGCAGACAGCAUUCAGGCAUUGAUGAUGCUCGGAACACAGCCCAGUUAGCCUGGCGCAUGAUGUGUGAUGGAUGCGUCAUGUCAGUUACCCGUACCAUGCCUGGGGCACAGCCACCGAAACGAAAACAGACAACCCAACCAUCAGACCAACCGACAAAAAUACAAGUGAAGCCAAGCGCAAACAAAGAGAAGCAGAGGCCAGACAGUUUGUGUUUGAAUACACACAGGCAUGCAGAGCCCGAGGACAGACUGAUUAGUCACACACAGGGUAUCAACAACGAUCUCUGCAACACAAUCGAGCCUCUGUCGUCAUCUAUUCAUUUCAGAAUUUGGAAAGAUGACACACAGCCGGCAAACAUUCACAGCAUUAUCAGACCAAAGACUUCUGUACCCAGCACGGUCAGACAUGACCGAGGAGAUGAUGAAAUCGUCACCAAAUCUAGCAGAGAUGUGGCAAUAGAAGUUACUUCUGUACAAACAAGUCUGGGAGCUCAAGUUCAGAAUGUAAGCAAAGUCAGCGAGAAACGUUUGGACCGAGGAAAGCAGACUUCAGUUUUGAGGAGCACCUUGGAUAUUGGAAACAAUCAAAACAACCACAGUGAAAUCUGUGGCCGUAAACAAGUGUGCAGUGAAACCAGUGUUACAUCAAGUGAUGCUGGACUUCGGCAAAGGAUUGUAACUGAUGCCAUGAAUAAAAUUUCAAAGGAGGUUGUUAGUUCGUCAGAAAAUACCGGCAGUGCUGUUCAAAACAGCAGAAACCAUCUGAAGUUGGUAGACUCGGCAAAAACAAGCCCACAGUCGGAGAACUUGUCAAGAUCCCAUCUACCCGGACCAUCGUCUCGGAAGUCAGUCCACUAUCAAGCACCAGUCAUCCUCAAAACACCAUCGAAUACACCUGUGCAUAGGCGACCGAGGGAGCCUUCCCCAAUGAAUGGAUUCAGAACCCCCUACGCACCAGGAUCUCACCACACUCCUGGGUCAUCAACGUUCAGAACACCUACUUAUUCAAGCAAAAAGCUCUCAACACCACCGCUCAUUGGUGGAAAAAUCACCCCUCCCAUGUGCCAGUGUGGGCGGAGGGCAAAAAGGUGCACUGUCCAGUCACCUGGACCAAACAUGAACCGAGCUUUCUACUCCUGCACUUCUAGGCGCAAGAGCAGCGAAGCAGGACUGCGAGAUGUCACCAAUGCUGGGAAGGGGUGCGGCUAUUUCAAGUGGGAAUCCGUGGUGCUGGCUGAGAAACAACAAUCCUUUAUAACCACACCCGUCAAGCAAGAGAGUUGCUGGUCAGCACAGAAACAGCCAGGGGUACCGUUAGAUCCUGCUGCUACAGUAGAGAGGAAAUGCCCAACUCCUUCAUGUUCAUCUGCAAAGAUAGUGACUCCAAUUACUGGAUUCAGUGGGAAGAGACUUGGUACAGCGAUGAGAGCUGUGUGGAGACAUCAAACCAAGUGAAGCUUUAGAUUGUGAUGUGUGAAUAGCAAAGGUCACCAUUGGUCAUUCAGUUAGGUCCCUCCAUUUCGUCCAAUUAUAGAAACAAGUCAAGUGAAACCAUACUGCAUGAAAUGGACUGUUUGCGUACCUGACAGCAUUAAGGGUGAGCAAAAAGGCACUUGCUUUAUGUGGAUCAUGUGCAAUGUUUAUCUUCCUACAAUAAAGGCCAAAUGUUGGCGUACUUCCUCAGUUUCGGCAUUUUGGGGAUAAAGUAUUUGAUAUUUGAAUUUAUAACUGAUUCAGCAGUUUUCAGUGCUCACUCCAGACUGUCUACAUAAAGGAAAACACAGACUAUUAAAUGACAACAUUUUUAUGAUUUUAACACCUUACAUUUCAAACAGCUUUCUAAAUACUAGUUUUUAUUUACAAAACAAACAUGUCCAGUAUAUGUGAAUGACCAUCACUACUUUACAUCGAGAGGAAGAAACUAUGGAUACAUUAUAUUCCUUCUUUUAUGCUGUUCCUUCUUUUGCUACCUCCCUACAUGUAAAUUGACACCAUUUCCACAAAAUUUGCUGAGGCCCACUUA